GCUCAGCUAUGCGAGGUAUGUGCGCGGCGGAGCCGGGGCCGCACUCGCGGAGGCACACCGCCAUGGGGCAGCGCGGCCCAGCGCUCCCGCUCCUGCCGCGCAGCGGGGCUGCCGGGUUCCGCGGGCCGAGGCGUAGCGCCCGGUGAAGGCGGCAGGGACGCAGCAGCAAGGCAUGGCUGACCCGCUCCGUAGGACGCUCUCCAAGCUGCGGGGCAGGAGGUCCCAGAGAGGGACGGCGAGCGCCGGGCACCGCCACGGCGGGGUGUGCGCCCCGCAGGAUCUAAUCGAAAAUGUUUACAUAGCUUCAAGCAGGAAAGAGCCUGGGUCCCCCCAGGCCGGUGCAGUCCCUGAGCACAGGCUGCCGAUGAACAGCAUCACUGUUUCUAAGAAACGCAGCUGGCUGCAGCAGAGCACACACCGACCUCCUCCUCCUUCUCUGGAAGAAGAAAAUGCCUGUAAGGAAAUGCACAGGGCUGUUACCCCGGUACUCAAAUCUCCUAUCCCGCUGCCUGAACCCGCAGUACCACGGGCUGCCUCUGUGUCACCAGUGGGGCGGGAGCGCCCCAUACAAGGCUGUGCUCCUGUCGGUGGCACCGCAAGCCCUGACGUGCCAAGGAGCCCUGCUUUGGACUUGGGUGAGGAUAAUGAUGCAGAUGAUGAAGGAGAAAUAUGGUACAACCCAAUCCCUGAAGAUGAUGAGCCUGACUUGCCGAGGGUGCACCUUUCUGCUGUGAAUAGUCCUGUUGCUGUGGGCUCCCUGGCUAUUCGGUACAAAUCCCUCCCUGGAGGUGACUCUGGGAUGUCUGUGGGUCCCCAUGAGGGUCCCCCAUGCUCCAUGGAGAGCACAGGAAACAGUCAUACAUCUCAGCCCAGCGAAGUGAGUCAGGCUGAUGCUGCACAUGCUGGGGAGCAAAUGCAGCAGCAUCGGCAGAGGUUUGCCUGCAAGGCUCCCAGUGCACCAGCAGUGGAGGACAAUCCUACCUUUAAGUGCCCUUCAACAGGGUCUGGAGGUGUACUUGCACACAAGGCUGAUAUUCCCUUAACAGAGGUUUCUCCUCCAAGUCCCAGUCCUCUGAAAAAAAGCGGAUCAAUCAACUGGCCAUUCCCUGAUAGAAUUAAAUCUCCCAGAACUGUGAGGAAGCUUUCAAUGAAAAUGAAAAAGCUGCCAGAGCUGAGCAGGAAGCUGAGUGUCAAGGGAACUUCAAGCCAUACUAGUUCAGAUAAUCCUCCUUCCCUGCUGAAAGCCAGGGAUACAAGCCAUACAGUGUCUUUGCCAUCUUCUGGAAACUCAACCACAGCUGCCAGCAGGAAUGUGAUAAGUCGUUACCACCUGGACAGUAGCGUGUUGUCACAACACACCCCCAAAAAGAAAAGGUCAAGGAGCUCCAAAUCCUUCAGCAAAGGUGGUUACCUCAGUGAUGGCGACUCUCCUGAACUUAUAACAAAAUCAGGUAAACAUGGGCAUGAAACCAAGUGUGGGAAAGGAAAGGAGAGCCUUCCAAGUAAUGGUGGUAAAACUGAAAUAGAUAUUGAUGCCUUCAAACACUACAACUUUUCUGAUCAACCCAAGUGCUCUCAGUACCUCUCUGGACUCAUGAGCAUUCACUUUUAUGGUGCUGAAGACUUAAAACCACCAAGAAUAGACUCAAAAGAUGUCUUUUGUGCAAUACAGGUUGACUCAGUAAACAAAGCAAGAACAGCCUUGCUUACAUGUAGGACAACAUUCCUAGAUAUGGACCACACGUUCAACAUAGAAAUUGAAAACGCUCAGCACUUGAAGCUGGUGGUGUUCAGCUGGGAGCCCACCCCGCGGAAGAACCGUGUGUGCUGCCAUGGAACCGUGGCUCUUCCCACUCUCUUCCGAGUGGCAAAGACGCAUCAGCUGGCUGUCAAGCUGGAACCCAGGGGGCUUAUUUACGUCAAGCUGACACUCAUGGAACAGUGGGAGAACUCUCUUGAUGGCCUCGAUGCAGAUCGGGAGCCUGUGAUGUUUGGGGUAGAUGCUCGGAAAGUUGUAGAGAAGGAAAACGCAGGCUUGAUGGUGCCACUUUUAAUGCAGAAAUGCAUCCUGGAGAUUGAAAGGAGAGGCUGUCAGGUGGUAGGCCUGUAUCGGUUAUGUGGCUCAGCAGCAGUUAAGAAAGAACUUCGAGAAGCAUUUGAAAAGGACAGCAAGGCUGUUACCCUCUGUGAAAGCCAGUACCCGGAUAUUAAUGUCAUAACAGGUGUCCUAAAGGAUUACCUGCGAGAGCUACCUUCUCCCCUGAUAACCAAGCAGCUCUACGAAGCAGUGUUGGAUGCCAUGGUGAAAAAUCCCUUGAGAAUGACAGCAAGCGGAUGUGAAAAUGACCCAAGUGACUCUGAGCACACAGCAGCCCUUCUGGAUUGCCUGCCAGACGUUGAGAAGGCUACCCUGAAGAUGCUGUUGGAUCACCUGAAACUAGUGGCUUCUUACCACGAAGUAAAUAAGAUGACAUGCCAGAAUUUAGCUGUAUGUUUUGGGCCUGUGUUACUGAGCCAGAGGCAGGAGACCACCAACCAUAACAACAGAGUCUUCAUUGACUCAGAGGAGCUUGCUAGUGCCCUAGACUUCAAAAAGCACAUAGAGGUUCUUCACUAUUUACUCCAGCUGUGGCCAGUACACCACUCACCUGCCAAAGAGCCAGCACAUCUGAAUGCCUUUCCCGAUCACCCAUCCUCCCUGAAUUACCUGAGAUCCAAGAGGCAGAGGCCUCAGAUGCUGAAUCUGAGUGGUACCGAGAUAUCUGGGGUACUCAGACCAAGGCCAGCAGGUCUAAACAGCCCAUCGAGCAACCGCUAUGCUGGAGACUGGAGUAGCUGUGGGGAGAACUACUUCUUAAACUCAAAAGACUGCCUGACUGAAGCAGACUACGAUGAUGUCCCUUCAGAGGACUCAGAGAGCGGGGAUGACAGCAGCAAAGCUGAGGAGCUGGAUGCCCCGGCAGGGCACCCCCAGUCCGUCCCCAGGGAGCACACGUUUCAGAGCUAUUUGACAAUGCAAGCGAUAGACUCCACGGUGGAUCACAAAGCAAACCUCAAAGACCUGCAGGAAAGCAUCGAUACUCUGAUAGGAAACCUGGAAAGGGAACUCAACAAAAACAAACUAAAUCUGAGUUACUAAACCCUGUCCUGCACGACGCCUCCUCCUUGCCCCUGACUUGCCCCCUCGCACCUCAUGAUAAGGCCAUGGCUACCUGAUGUUAACACACUUUAAGCCAUUCCGUUAUGUUUCUGCUUUUUUGUUACAAGGUGUUGGCCUGAUUCAGCUGUUGGAGACAAGCUUAAAGACACUGAGGUGAUUCCACAUAGUGGCAUUUCUCCCUAAAACCACUGUGCACUUAGGUGGUGUGGGCAAUACCUGGUACAAGAUAAAGCAGUGGCUUUACUGGAGGAGCAGAACUCCUCAAUCCUGAAAUCCUGGCUCCGGUACAGAUGUUCCUCUCAGAAGAGGAUGGAUGCUGCUUGGCCUCAGUUUGCAGCAUAGACUUCACAGACUUGUUCUACUAUAUAUGCAAUGGCUGCUAUGAAAAAUGCUUUAUAUAUAUAUAAUAUUUAUAUAUAAAGUUUUAAUUGUACAAAUAUUAACGUAUUCCUGUAUUAACACUUUCCAGUAAUUAUUUAAACAAGCAAAAAUUAAAUAUUUUUCUAA